GCAUAAAAAACCCAUAGUUUGCUUUCUCCCCUUGUUCAAUUAGGUAAUGGACAAAUGGUUUGGAGAGAAACGGUUGUGGCUUUUUGGUAAUCAUUUGCCGCUUCUGCCGAGGAGGUCACGAGGGAGUAGCCGCAUGGAUCGAUAUGAGAAGCUUUCGAGGCUCGGUGAGGGCUCCUAUGGUAUUGUCUACAAAUGCCGCGACCGAGAUUCCGGAGAAUUGGUGGCUGUGAAGAAGUUCGUGGAGUCUGAGGAUGAUCCGGCCAUUCGGAAGAUUGCUCUGCGUGAAAUUCGCCUGCUGAAGAAUCUCAAACAUCCCAAUCUUGUCUGCCUGCUGGAGGUUUUUCGUCGCAAGCGGCGUUUGCAUCUUGUCUUUGAGUUCUGUGAGCACACAGUCUUGCAUGAAUUGGAACGGCAUCCGCAGGGAUGUCCGGAUAAUCUUACAAAACAAAUCACAUACCAGACACUUCUCGGGGUGGCGUACUGCCAUCGUCAGGGGUGCCUCCAUCGUGACAUAAAGCCAGAGAAUAUCUUGCUUACUGCCCAGGGGCAGGUGAAGCUGUGUGACUUUGGCUUUGCCCGGAUGCUGACCCCUGGGGAGAAUUAUACAGACUACGUUGCUACACGAUGGUAUCGUGCCCCUGAACUUCUCGUCGGGGACACGCAGUACGGUACUCCGGUGGAUGUUUGGGCCAUAGGGUGUGUCUUUGCAGAACUCGUGCGUGGGGAAGCCCUCUGGCCGGGCCGUAGUGAUGUGGAUCAGCUCUACCUCAUACGACGCACCCUGGGUGACCUCCUGCCGCGGCAUCUCACCAUCUUCAGCCAGAAUGACUUCUUCAAGGGGGUCACGCUACCCAUACCGCCCACAAUUGAGACACUCGAAUCCAAAAUGCCGCCACGCACCCUCCAGAACCCCCUCAUGAUCGAUUUCCUCAAGAAAUGCCUGGAUAAGGAUCCCGGAAAACGAUGGAGCUGCGAGAAACUCUCAACGCAUGCCUAUUUUGAGGAUUAUGCCGCAAAAAUGGGAUCAACAAUUGCCGCCAAAUCUCCAGCACGGGAGAAGGUUAAGAGCUCGCUGCCCUCCUUGUUGCCCGGUCCCAACCAAGAAGUGCGAAUACCGCAGAAAAAUGUGAUUUUGCGAUCUGAGCAACAUUUACCGACCAUUUGAGAUUACAAAUUCCACGGCAAAUCUCCCGCGCACUCCUUUUUUUUUGUGUAAAAACAUGUUGAUUUUGUUGAUGGAAUGAAUAAAAUAAUUGUGAAAGAAAAAAA